GUCACGCAUUUUAAAUUUUUCAGUGAUUCAAAACUAUAUAAAUACUAUAUGGUGUGAAGUUAGCAUCAGAUAGUUACCUUAACUUCAUCAAUUCACAAUGAUCGCUAAGAUUGCCCUUUUGCUUGCUGCUGUUGCAGCUGCGCAAGCUUCUAUUAUUGCACCAGGACUCCUGUCACCUAUUGGAGUCAUCCCCACAGCAGUCAAGACUGGCUCCAUAGUAACAAUCCCUGGUGCAACCUCAGUCGACAACAGAGUAAUUGCAUCCAAUGGCUUGGUUGGUACCACAGCAGUUAAAACUGGAUCAGUUGUAUCUCACUUGGCCCCUGGUUUAGUUGGUACUCCAUUGUUCAACACUGGAUUGCUCGGCGCACCCAUUAUGGGAAAAGGUUUGAUUGGAGCUCCACUGCUUAACACUGGAUUGAUUGGAGCACCUCUUUUAGGAAAAGGACUGGUUGGUGGUCCUCUUGCUAUCAACUCAGGAUUAGUUGCUCCCGGAGUUCUUGCUGCUCCUGGUCUUAUUUCUCCAAUCGGUUUACACGGCGCCGGUCUUCUAGCAGCUCCAGGAUUAGUGAAAACCAUUUUAUAAAGAUAUGUGAUAUUAUAAGUUGAUAUUAUUCCCAGUUUUUUAAAAUCAUUUUAUGCCAUGUCCACAAACUCUUAGGGAAUUUUCUUUCAAGUAAAAACAAUUAUGAUACUAUCAUUUCAUAAAUUACUUCUCUUGUUUAACUUAUAGAUGUUUUCUUACUGUCCUAUUCUUCUGAGCUUUUUUUUUGCUGAAUGUAAUUAAAUUAUUUCUCUGUAAAAUUUCUUCAUUCAAUUUGUCAAUAAAUGUUUAAAUGUUACGAGUUUGUUUGGCGGAUUUUUUGAAAUCACAAUAUAGUUGCAUUUGAAAAUCCCAUCCAUUCGUAGUUGAGUAUGGUGACAUUCUUAAAAUGCUCAAUAUUUCUUAAUUAUGAAUUCCCCUUUUUUAUAUUCAACUGUAUAUGUUUCGGAACUAUUUUUCUUAAUUUUGAGCUCUUUUUGACAGUGAAACUUUACGAGAAAUUCAACGUCGAAUUUUUUAAAAUUUCUUUUAUGAUUGAUAAUUUUAUUCACUUCUCACCACUUUCACUCUAAACAGACAAGUUUAAAUGUAAAACGUUUAUUUCUUAGUAGAUUAAUUUAAAAUUGCAUCAUACUCUUUGAAGUUUGCAAAGAAUGCAGAUAUUUAAAUUGGUUUGCAACUAUUUCAAUUGAUCAAAUAAUUAUUUACGAAACACGAAAUAAAAAUGCCAACUCAAGAAUAGCUUUUAAUUUAAUGAUUGAGAUAGCAACAUAUACAAUCUUAACUAACAUAUACGGUUUAAUACUAACAUAUACGAUCAUAAUAGUUUAACAGAUAGAUUUUAUAUAUACUUAUUUUUAGAUAGAACUUUAAAUAUGUGCAACCUAUGAAUUAAGUAAAUAACCGAUGAAUAAUCAGAUACAAAAGCUUUCUUGUUCUUUUUUUUUAAAUAAUAAAAACCUUUUGUAUUGA